AUGACUUUAACACUGCAAUCUUCAACUUCUUUUAUCAGUCUAAAAGACACCAGAAGCCUGAAAACUCCUGAUGACUUCUCUGGCACAAUUUGCUUUGCGCAAAUCAAGCCAUCAUGCCGUCUUCAAGCAAAGAAUUCAAUGCAAGAAGCACAGCUUUUGCAUGAUGAAAUCUUGAUGACAGAAGGAAGCAAAAGCAGGAAGUGGGAGAAACUACAUGCAAUAUCAAGUUCUCAUAGUAGCAACGACUCUAGUGUGCCUGUGUUUGUGAUGCUGCCACUUGACACAAUAACAAUUGGGGGCAACUUGAACAAGCCAAGAGCAAUGAAUGCUAGUUUGAUGGCCUUGAGAAGUGCAGGAGUCGAAGGAGUAAUGGUGGAUGCUUGGUGGGGAUUGGUGGAGAAAGAUGGACCUUUAAAAUACAACUGGGAAGGGUAUGCAGAGCUUUUGCAGCUGGUGCAAAAGCAUGGCCUGAAGCUUCAAGUAGUCAUGUCCUUUCAUCAGUGUGGAGGAAAUGUUGGAGAUUCUUCCAGCAUUCCCCUGCCUCCAUGGGUGCUUGAAGAGAUGAGCAAAAACCCUGAUCUUGUUUACACAGACAGAUCAGGACGGAGGAAUCCCGAGUACAUUUCCUUGGGCUGUGACUCAUUACCAUUGCUAAGAGGAAGGACACCCAUACAGGUUUACAGUGAUUACAUGAGAAGCUUCCACAACAGAUUCAAAGAUUACCUAGGAGAAGUUAUUAUGGAAAUUCAAGUGGGGAUGGGUCCAUGUGGAGAACUGAGAUACCCAGCUUAUCCAGAAAGCAAUGGCACAUGGAGGUUUCCUGGAAUUGGAGAAUUCCAAUGCUAUGACAAGUACAUGAGAGCUUCACUGGAAGCAUCAGCCGAAAAAAUUGGAAAGAAAGAUUGGGGACAAGGAGGACCCCAUGAUUCCGGCCAGUAUAAUCAAUUUCCUGACGAAACUGGAUUUUUCCAAAGGGAUGGGACAUGGAAUACUGAAUAUGGACAGUUCUUCUUAGAAUGGUACUCAGGGAAGCUACUAGACCAUGGUGAAAAAAUCCUAACAGCUGCAGAAGGGAUAUUUCAAGGAACUGGAGCAAAACUAUCAGGAAAAGUAGCAGGAAUUCAUUGGCAUUACAGAACGAGGUCUCAUGCAGCUGAACUAACUGCAGGAUACUAUAAUACUAGACACCACGAUGGGUACCUACCAAUAGCACGAAUGUUCGGGAAACAUGGAGCUGUAUUCAAUUUCACCUGCAUGGAAAUGCGAGAUGGAGAACAGCCAGCACAUGCAAAUUGCUCUCCAGAAGGAUUAGUGCAGCAAGUAAAGAUGGCUACAAGGACUGCUAGAAUUGAACUUGCUGGAGAGAAUGCAUUAGAGAGGUAUGAUGCAGGUGCAUAUGCACAAAUUUUGGCAACAAGUAGAUCAGAUUCUGGCAACAGUUUGACUGCAUUCACAUAUCUAAGACUUAAUAAGAAGUUGUUUGAAGGGGACAACUGGCGGCACUUGGUGGAGUUUGUUAGAAGCAUGUCAGAAGGUGGUCGGAACAGAAAACUAUCAGAGUGCGACUCCCGUGGAACUAACCUUUAUGUUGGCUUUAUCAAAGACAAGAGUGCUCAGAAAACUAAGGAAGCUGCUCUGGCUUAA